AUGGAGUCGCGCCGGUGGUCCUCCCUCAUGAGAAGGAAGGAGGCAUUAUUGCCUACCACUAAUAGGAAUAGGAUUUCCUGUUUGGUGAAGAGAUCUGAAGAUCCUUAUGGCUAUAUAAGGAGAGGUUCAGUUCUAGGUAUCGCAGAGACAAAGACCAAAGAGGGUGGUUUGGGAUUCAAGGAUAAGCACCAUUAUAAUGUUGCAUUACUGGCCAAACAGUGUUGGCGCAUUCUUUCCCAGCCUGAGUCUUUGUGGGUUAAAGUGCUUAAGGCACGUUACUUUCCUGAGUGUGAUUUUUUGCAUGCCAACAAGGGCUAUCGGGCUUCAUGGGGGUGGUCAAGCAUCUUACAAGCUAGAGAUUUGAUAAUGGAGGGCUCUGGUUGGCAAAUCGCCAAUGGAUUGAAGGCGAACAUAUGGACAGAGAAUUGGCUUCAUCCCCCUGAUGUAUGCCCUAUUCAGACUACUGCUCAGAUAAGUAACAAUGAUCCACAAUUGGUAUUUGAGAUCAUUGAUUGGCCUAGCAAAACAUGGAACCUAGACUCAAUUCUCCAUCUUAUACAACCUUCCGAAGCUAACAAAAUUCUACUAAUUCCCAUCGGGAGUCAUGAUGGGGAGGAUAGGAUCAUUUGGCCAUGGAACAAAAGGGGGGUUUAUACUGUUAGUUCAAGAUACACCUGGAUUAACAGUAAGUGCCGGGUGAUCAACCCUCCUAAGUGCAGCUCUUCUCAUUCUGUGGAGACAGCAGUGUGGAGACAAUUAUGGAAGAUAAGAGCUCCUCCUAAGGUGAAUUUUUUUUUUUUUUUAUGGAAAGCCAUAAGUGGUGCCAUUGCAACUUUCAAGAAUAUGUUUAUUCGAAAGCUUGCAAGCACACCUCUGUGUCCUAUAUGUGGUGCCUAUGAAGAAUCUAAUGAGCAUAUGUUAUUAUUGUGUCCUUGGGCUGAGGCCGUGUGGUUUGGUUCAUCAUUGGGUCUCAAAAUCAACAAAAAUCAUAUAUCAACCUUAGACUCAUGGUUAAAAGAGAUCUGCAAGGCUCACAAUUCACAAGAUAGAAUAUGGGUACUCACCAUGGUUGGCUGCAUUUGUUGGAGUAUCUGGAAGAGUCGAUGCAGCUUUGUUUAUGACAGGAGACCAAUUAGCCCUCCCGCCGUGAUUCAGUCCAGUCUCAAUCUGGCCUUGGAGUUUUGGAGUGCAAACCGGAAAGACCCACCAUCUCUGGAGUCUGAAGCGAGAUCACGAAAACGAUGGCAGCCCCCACCAUUGGAUGUUGUGGAUGUAUGCUGUGACGCCUCAUGGAUUGAAUCGGGGUCUUGUGGUAUGGGAGUUGUUAUCAGGUCGAAUUUCGGAGAGCUUGUGGAUUGUGUUUGCAAUGUGAAUAAGUGCGGAUCAUCUGCAAUGGCAGAAGCAAAUGCACAACGACCUUAA